AUGGCAUCUAACCAUAAAUACAAAUGGGAUAGCACUCAGACAAUGCUUUUAAUCCAGCACUACGAAAGAUUCCCUGAACUUUGGAAUGUAGCAUUGAAAGAGUACAGGGACAAAGAAAAGAAAGCGGUUGCUGUAAAAGAAAUAUCAGAGCUUUUAAAUGUUAGUGAGGCUGAAAUAGCGAGAAAGUGGCACAAUCUGCGGUGCCAAAUGAACAAUGAAAUAAGGAAAAUGAAAGUAAAGAAGAGUGGAGUGGGUGCAGAUGAUGUACUGGUGAAAAGCAAAUGGGAAUAUUUUGACUCUCUUCACUUCAUGAUUGGAUGUGUGAAACCCCAAGAAACUAUUGUUACAAACAUGGUAAGUGAAACAUUAAGAAACACAAACAAACACAUAAUUAUAUUAAAUGUGUAUGUGGCGAUAAAUCAUGAAAACUCGUUGUUUGGAGAAUAUGUUGCAUCCGAACUGCGUCAAUUACGUUCCAUCGAAAAUAGGAAAAGACUGAAACGUACGAUCAUGAAAGCAAUAAUAGAAAUUGGAGAAAAAGAGGACCAUGAAUUCUCAUCCCCUACUUCUACCCCUGUACUUCAAAGUUCAUACACUGAUUUGACAGAUAAAGACUUAAUUCCUUGA